UCUAGCUCAGUAUUAGGACCAGGAGAGAGAAAGUGGGUUCAUGAAACCUGGUGAUUACACAAGCUCUAGUAAACUGAAUAAAACAUGGGAAUAUUUAGGCUUGGUAAGCACUACGCACAUGCAUAGAGGUGUGCGACGUUGUCAACUGCUGCGUUGAAAUUACCAGCUCCCGCUGUGUUACGAAGACCUGGAGAAGACCCUAGGUUCCUGUCAUAGUGUCAGGGUCCUGGAGAGACCAGGGAUACUUGUCACACUCACGUCACAAUCCUCAUCAAACUCGGACAAGGAUAAGGUUCACCUAUAUACCUACCUUGAACCUUACCUGGAGCUGAUACCUCAAUUCUUCAACUAACAUACCUACCCGGGGCAAUUUGAACCCUGCAAAAAAGCUUCAAAACACAACAAACGAAAUUACUCAACCAGAAACGUAUUUAACCUUUACCAAUCUUCAAUUUUGUACUAGGAGAAAAACAGUCCGACCAAUAUUUGCUCAACCCCUAGUUCCUUGUUCUACCAGUAGGAUGGAAAUGAACCACAAGUAGAUGAUUAACAGUGAGAACUCGUGUAAUUGCGUAGAACAGGAAUACUUUUCUCUGGGUACAAAUAUACCCAGUGCAGACAUUCAGUAGUCGGAGAAAUAUUUAAAACUGAAGAUCCUGUAAUUAUUGGAAAAUAGGUCACAAAGUCUCAAAUUACAGACUCAGUUAGCCUGAAAUUAGAAGCCAGCCAUUCAAACUAUGUGAACAAAAACCUUGUUAGACGUCGUUAAAGUGAGCAUUUGUCGAAAUACUAAAUGCCGCUUUUGGCGGUUGCCGCAACUACUAUGGACCCUGAGAGGAUGAUCCACCAGGACGGAUCUCCGGGUUCAGGUUCAGGACAGAGUCAACAAGAGCUGAUUGUCUCCAGCCUGGCCCGCCGUAAAAAACACGGCAGCCAUCCACCACCGAUCCCGUCAGUGAUCGACCGUCCUCUCCCGAUCCAACCUGGAGUGCAGGGUCGAGGGAGCCAUCUCCCCCACCCUCAACCCGUCUAUGGAGUAUCUAACCAGGGAUACGCUAGACAUGAACAAAGUAUGAUGCACGGAGCAAGAUUGAAUACAACCUGUGAGACGACAGUAUCCGUUCCUGAGGACUCAGAUGAACCUCAAGAGGUUAUUGAGGUCCAGAUACUUCCACAGGACGAGAACUGGGGAGAAACGACGACAGCUGUGACAACAGCCUCCGACCUCGAAUACACCAUGGAGGACCUCUCCAAGUGGCAGGUCCCGGAGAAGACCAACCUCGCCUUUAGAUGUCAAAAAUAUCUAGGAUCAGUUACAAGUGGACUGUUAGCGACCGCUGCGUUUUUAAGUCCUAUUUUAAUGGUGAUACUACCCAAAGUUGGCGUAUUCAAUAUACGUGAAGACCACCUAGAAUGUGAUGUGACUUGUGAUGGAAUGCUCAUUAGCUUUUGUUUCAAGCUACUUAUUCUUCUCCUUGGCACGUGGGGCGUUUUCUUCAGGCAUCCGCGGGCCACUCUACCCCGGAUAUUUGUGUUUAGGGCAAUGGUAUCUCUUCUCAUCUUAGUAUUUAUCGUCUCAUUCUGGCUCUUCUACGGAGUUCAUCUCAUGGAGGAGAGGAGCAAGAUCGAGUACAAAGAUAUUGUUCAGUUCGCUCUCUCAUUGAUUGACGCACUUCUUUUCGUUCACUACCUCGCGAUCAUUCUGAUAGAACUCCGGCAUCUCAGGGUUCAGUAUUAUGUCAAAGUUAUCCGGUCACCGGAUGGACAGUCCCAGAGCUACACUCUCGGAGAUCUUUCGAUCCAACGCGCUGCGGCUCACGUUCUGGAGAAAUAUUACGUAGAUUUCCCGAUCUAUAAUCCCUACCUAGAGGUCCUACCUGGAGCCAGGAACAAGAAAGGAUUCAAGGUCUACGAUAUGGAUGGAUUGGAGAAUGGACAUAUUAAUGAUGGCAAUUCUACGGUUGUGAGCACAGUCUCCAAACGAGGACACAGUUCACACAAUGAGAGGUUCUACGAGGAGGGGGAGUACGAGAGAAAGGUCAGGAAGAGGCGCUCCCGGCUCAUCACUGCAGCCGAGGAGUCCUUCACUCAUAUCCGGAGAAUGCGGGACGGAUUAUCAGGAGGUCGCAAACAAGCCUUAAGCCCUUACGAGGCUGCUCAAGCAGUAUUCCCAAGCCUGAGUCGGCCCCUACAGAAAUAUCUAAGAGUUACACGUCAGCAACCUCGACACACCAUGGAGUCCAUCCUCCAACAUCUGGCAACAUGUUUAUCCUUUGAUAUGAGUCCUAGAGCAUUCCUGGAGAAAUAUCUAGUCAGUUCUCCUGUUCUUCAGAAUGACCGUGAGCAAAGUGCAGUACAGUCUUGGGCUUUAAUCUGUGAUACCAUGCUAUCCCGGAGUAUCGGAGACGGAACCAUAUUCCAGCUCCGACAAGGAGACGUAUCCUUACUCUGCUCCAUACACUCUCUACCCCACCUAGCUCUAUCAGAGGAGAUUAUAGAUCCUAAAUCAAAUAAGUUCGUUCUCCGGAUGAGCUCAGAAACCUCAGUCUAAAAAUAAUUCCAGUGAUUUAUCAUGGUUCGAACAUUUUGAAUCCAUAUCGGUUCCAAGUCCGAUAGAUUGUGUACCUUUCUUCCACCUUCUCAUUUUUGUCAGAUCUCGAGUAAAGUAUAAAUUAUUGUUAAAUAUGCAUAAAAAUAAAUUAAACUAGUAAUAUUUUUUCAA